AGUCUCAUAAUAAAUCGCUUACUGAACGGACGUGUGCCUUUCUCUUAUGCGCCCUGCACAUAUACUACAUUGGCGAUCGACGAUUAAACUAAGUAAUAUAAUACGGACUGAUUGAUGCGUGCAAACAUAUACGAAUAGUGUUUUUUUUUUGCUGUGAUAGUGUGCGUAAAUAUUUAAUGGACGUGACAGCGGUUAUUUUGUGGUGGUGCAUUAUCGUGGUACAAAAAAAUGUCGGUUGGGAAGAUCAAGGCUUUCGAAGUAGCUUCUGGCAAUUGGACUACGUACAUCGAACGUUUGGAGAUGUAUUUUAAAGCAAACGACAUUAAAACGGAUGUGCAAUUACCAACGUUAAUAGCAGUCAUGGGCGCGGACGCAUACGAGCUGUUGAGAAAUUUAACUAGCCCUAAGAAGCCCGGGGACUUGAAAUACACUGAUGUCAUUAGGAUUAUGCAAGAUCAUGUGGAACCCAAGCCUUCCUUUAUGGCCGAGAGGUAUCGUUUCCGGCUGCGGCGUCAGGGCGAGGACGAAUCCGUGGCACAAUACCUCGCGGAGCUCAAGAAAUUGUCGAAAUAUUGUGAGUUCGAUACGUCAUUAGAGGAAAAUCUCCGUGAUCAGUUUACGUGUGGAUUAAAAAACGAUACAAUCAAACAACGUCUCUUUACCGAGAAGAAUUUAACCUAUUCGAAAGCGGUAAGUCUUGCGCUCUCGUUGGAAGCGGCGGAGAGGGACGCAGCGACUGUAGAACGCCCGUGUGCGAGCGAGAGCAACGUUGCCAGAUCGGACAUGGCGUCUGUAAAUUUAGUCACACCGGGACCACGUGGCGGAAAUAAAGGCAAUAAUCCUAAUUACAGACAGAGUAACAGUGCCAGCACCAGCAAUAUGCCGAAUAAUGACUCCAAAUGUGCAGUUUGUGGACGGGAAGGCCACCGUGAAGCGAGUUGCCGCUAUAGGAAUUUAACGUGCAGCAAGUGUGGGUGCGUGGGGCAUCUAAGGCGGAUGUGUCCGUCUGGGGACGCAGCUAGCAGCCAGGGGGCUGCCAGGGGGCGCAGCUCGGGCGCCGGCAGACGCGGCGCGGGCGGUCGAGGCUCGCGGCGCGCCUUUCACCACGUCCAAGCGGCACAAUAUGAGACUCCAGGGGCCGACGAGGACAAUUCGUCGGACCCUGAAUUUGAAGAAAAUCUGAAUCAUCUCUGCUUGAACGACUACAGCGCGGUAAGCAUGUCUAUGCACGUAGACAACAUAAUGUUAGACAUGGAAAUAGACACGGGCUCCCCAAUAUCCUGCAUUAGUAAGGAAAACUAUUAUAAAUAUUUUAGGCAUAGGCCAAUUAAGCCAUUCAAUUUGUCAUUUACAUUUAUUGAUGGGAGUAAAUUUAAACCGUUAGGAGUUAUAAGACCAGAUGUUGUUUACGAAGGGAAAUUAAAAGCUUUAGAACUGUUUGUUGUAGAAGGGGGUACCACAUCUUUGUUAGGCCGGCAAUGGCUGAGGGAGCUAGGGAUUAAUAUCCCACUAUUUAACUGUCAAACAGUGAGUAAUGAUGAAUUGUGUAAAUUACUCGACAGGUAUAAGGAGCUAUUCAGCGGCGGGUUGGGGCGGUUUACGGGCGGCAAGGCGACUCUUCGCGUGAAGGAGGGCGCGGCGCCGGUGUACUGUCGCGCGCGGCCGCUGCCGUACGCGCUGCGCGACCGGGUGGACCACGAGCUGGACGAGAUGCUGCGCAGCGGAGUCAUCGAGCCCGUCGACACUUCGGAGUGGGCUACGCCCCUCGUGCCGGUACGUAAAGCUGAUGGUGGAUUAAGGAUUUGCGCCGAUUACAAAAUAACCUUGAACCCGAAUUUGCUGAUCGAUAGGUACCCGCUCCCAAAAAUUGAUGAUUUAUUAGUGAGGCUGAACGGGGCUCGCGUUUUCUCGAAAAUUGAUUUAACUCAAGCAUAUAAUCAGGUAGAACUAGAUGAUUCGAAGCAAUAUACGGUUAUUAACACGCAUAGGGGAUUGUUUAAGUACAAUAGGUUGGUCUACGGUCUAUCAUCUAGUCCUGGUAUUUUUCAGAGAAUCAUGUCCAGUUUACUAAAGGAUAUUCCACAGGUAGAAGUAUUUUUAGACGACAUUUUAAUAAGUACACCAGACGUGGCGUCGCAUUUAUUGAUAUUGGACAAAGUUUUACAGAGAUUGCAUAGCCAUGGCAUGAAACUCAAAAAAAGUAAAUGUUCCUUUUUUACUGAAGAAGUGAAGUACUUAGGUUUUAUAAUUUCUAAGGACGGUAUUAAAGCCGAUCCGGCCAAAAUUGAGGCAAUUGUUAAAAUUCCACGACCACAAAACAUAACAGAGUUAAAAUCAUUUUUAGGCGUGGUCAACUUCUAUGCUAGAUUCGUGGCAAAGCUAAGCACCAUAUUGUCACCCUUAUAUGACUUGCUUAGGAAAGGCGUAGCGUGGACAUGGGGUAAACAAUGUGAAAAGGCAUUUAAAACGGUUAAGCAGGUAUUAGUUAGUGCCGAAGUAUUGAUGCAUUACGAUCAAAACAAACCCCUGAUUCUUACGACAGAUGCUAGUUCACGCGGGAUCUCCGGCGUGUUGACCCAACCCUGUGCCGGCGCCGGCGUCGGCGCGCGGCCGGGCGCGGCGGCGGAGCGGCCGGUCGCCUAUGUCUCGCGCUCGCUUAACGACGCGGAGCGUAAUUAUUCGCAAAUUGACAAAGAAGCGUUAGCGAUUGUGUUUAGUUUUGAAAAAUUGCAUCAGUUCCUGUAUGGAAGGCGUUUCGUGUUAAGGACUGAUCACAAACCCCUUGUUAGCAUAUUUGGUCCGAAACAGGGUAUCCCUGCAAUGGUAGCGAGUAGAUUGCAGCGGUGGGCGAUCAAGCUGUCGGCAUAUACCUACGACAUUGAAUACGUACGGACAGACGCGAACGGCGCCGACGGGUUGUCGCGCUUGCCGGUGCCAGUUAAAAAUGCGACGUCGCUGGAUGGCCCACCACCCGAGCAAACUUAUUUGCAUUUUGUCCAAAAUGAAAUGUUGUUAGACUACCACGAAAUCAAAACACAAACCCAACGAGAUCAAAUUUUAGGUCGGGUGCUCAGUUAUUUACGAUCGAGUUGGCCAGCUGAAAUAGAAAUAGAUAAUUUACGCCCCUAUCAUAACAGGAAAGGCGAACUUUAUGAGGAAUUAGGAUGUGUUAUGUGGGGCCAUCGCGUAGUGAUACCACAGAGCUGUCAGAAAAAAGUAUUGGCGUUAUUGCAUGAAAGUCAUAUGGGGAUAGUGAAAACUAAAGCAUUUACAAGGAGUUACGUAUGGUGGCCCGGCGUUGAUGAGGCCGUGGAGGCCAUGUGUCGCUCGUGCACGGUGUGCGCGGCCGAGGCCGACGCGCCGCCCCGGCAUGGGCCCGCGGCGUGGCCAUUCCCGGCGAGAGCUUGGUCCAGGGUGCACGCGGAUUUUUUAGGCCCUAUAGGCGGGGAAACGUAUCUCAUUUUGGUGGAUGCACGAUCAAAAUGGUUGGAGGUCUUCCCACGCUGUAGUACCUCGGCCGUUAAUACAAUUGAGAAACUAAGUGAGGCUUUCGGUCGCUGGGGUCUGCCAAGACAAUUGGUAUCCGAUAACGGACCACCGUUUACUAGUAGGGAGUUUGCGGUAUAUUUGACAACUAAUGGUAUAGAACAUUUGUUUUCCGCGCCAUAUCAUCCUUCGUCGAAUGGAGCCGCCGAAAAUGCCGUGCGCACUAUCAAAAAAGUAAUUAAAAAAGCUGUUAGGCAAAAGCAAAAUAUAAAUAUUGCAAUCAAUACAUUUUUAUUACAUUAUCGUAACACCGAACACUGCACAACGGGUGAAAGCCCGGCGGCAUUAAUGUUAGGUAGGCAAAUACGUACCAAAUUAGAUGCUAUUAGACCGGAUUGCGAAAAAAAGGUGCGCGAUUCCCAAAAGAAACAGAUGUCUAGUACUGCAGGUAUAAAACGUGUAUUUCAGCCGGGUGAACUCGUUUGGGCACGGCAAUACCAGGGCAACACCAAAUGGACACCGGGGCAGAUACUACGGAGAGAAGGGACAACCGACUAUACAGUGUUAGAUAGCUUAGGCAGGGGGUCCCAUUAGGCACAUCGAUCAGCU